UAUACCGAGCAGUCUUUAAAAUGCAUUUUAUUCUGUACGGCGGCGCAAAUCUGACGCAGACGCGGUUCUUAAGCAUUUAUAUAGAAGUGUAAGACAUUGGCACACAUAACAUUGUAGACGUAUAUAUAUUUUUUUUUCAGUGUUAUAUAUAUUUUUAGUUGUAAAUUGUGGGUGUUGACAACCACAUGUUUUGCCGAGUAAAAUUUUACCAGGAUACCUAAAUUUAGAUUUUUGAGCUCCUGGGGUCGGAAAUCUGAAAAAAGUAUCACUUAUUUACACAUGUGACAUUUGUAUCGUUAAAAAUAAAAAAUGUUCGGUUUUAUAAUUCUAAAUUGUAAACAUUUUACCAGUCAUUAGCAAAUUUAUGACUUAAAUAAGGUCAUAUUUGAAUUUAUUUAUUGUUGUGUUAUUAAUCCGGCUAUUAAUACGGCAAUUUUUAUUAGUGUUUGCAUUGUGUGACCUGUAGUUGAACGUUUAACUCAUAAAAAAUUCAUUAUCAUUUCUCUUGCCGGCUAUUAUUCACUUGCAUAAUCGCAUAAUCGUGAAUCGUGUGACGAUAAUUAGUCUAGUCACGAAUGAAACAUCUGACUGUUCGGAAAUAAAAUCACUGUAUCAAGGAGAAAAGAAUAUGAGUUUAUUUUUUAUCGGCUGAUAGCCGUACCCGCCUCUUAUUUAUAAAUUUAGUUUACAUUUUUUUUUAUUACAUUAAUGUGAUAAAAAUUUCUAGUCAAAAAUUGUGUGCAAAAAAUUGACGUGUUUAAUUUUAAAUGAAUUAUUUUUAAAGAAUAAUAGGCAGUGAUAGAAAAAUUUGUUAUUUAAAUGCAUUAUCACCUCUGAUGUAAAAAGUGUAAAACCAUUAAAAUGAUACGGAUAGCUUCAUGCUAUUUAAAACGUCUAACUGUUGUGAUACUUCUUGCGGCGUUUGUUUAUUGUGUUGUUCAAGUCCUGAAAUCAGAGCUAAAUUUCAACGACAAUGAUUUGUCUAACAGUGACAAGUUAAUGCACAUUUCUCAGCUAAUAAGAGACUCAAGCAAGCAGAAAAAGUACACAGAAGAUGGCGUCGCCUGCAAGCUUCCUGAGCUGGAGAUCAACAAUCCUGAGAUUCUUAAAUUUAUCCACGAAGUUCCACCGCUGCAGUGCUCACCCGAAGACUGGGUCACUGUCGAGGGCUCCCGUGUUUUCAUUCUGGAACGUGCUCGCGAGCGUUACGGUCCAAUUACCUGUGCCUUCAGUGAAAUUUUACGUGUAGAUGAUUACACUGUGCGUCUUACAGAGCCUCACGAGUCUGACGAUGCGUAUAUUUUACGCAACAGUGAUUUUGUUGACGUUAAAUGCGAAUCUAAAAUUGGUAAUCAAUGGCACAGCGUUUUAGCGGGUGUAAAAGAAGAUCCCGAAAUAAAGAAAACAAUAUCUUGGGAAAAUAUCCCAGAAGGAGGAUUGAAUCUGAACGUCCUGAUCUUUGGAUUCGACUCUCUAUCCCGCAACACCUUCAUCAGAAAGCUACCGAAGACACAUCAGUACAUAAAACAGUCGCUGAACGCCCAGGUGCUCGAGGGGUACAACAUAAUCGGUGACGGGACUCCUCAAGCCUUGAUCCCUAUUCUUACAGGUAAAAUCGAGCUGGAGCUUCCGGAGACAAGGAAGCGGAUGGGUGCUUUGGCGAAUUACGUCGACGUGUAUCCAAUGAUCUGGAAGAAAUACAAAGACAGCGGAUACAUAACCGGGUUCAUGGAAGACGUCCAUCACAUUGGGACGUUUACUUACCGGCUGAAAGGCUUCAAAGAGCAGCCAACAAAUCACUACAUGCGUACUUACUACCUGGCAGCUGAGCCAUAUUUCAAGUAUUCGAAGAAAUUUUGCAUGGGUGGAUUACCGCGUCAUGUGGUUAUGAUGAAUUACAUUAAAAAUAUUUACGACGUUUAUCGUGAUAAGCCUAAAUUUAUAUUCGGGUUCCACGGCGAGCUCUCCCAUGACUCUUACAAUGACAUCGGAGCGGCUGACGUUGAUUUACUGAAGUGGGUGAAGAGUCUGCAGGACCAAGGACACCUCAACAACACGGUGCUGAUCCUAAUGAGCGACCACGGCCACAGAUUCGCCAAAAUUCGCAACACCUUGGCGGGCAAACAGGAAGAAAGAUUGCCUUUCUUCGCGUUUAUUUUCCCUCCGUGGUUCAAGCAAGUCCACCCAAGAGCUUAUGCGAACUUUGUGUACAACACUAGGCACCUGUCGACGCCCUUUGACAUUCACAAAACCCUGGAGCGGAUCCUCAAGAUGGAAACUCCCAAGGAUGCAGACACCCAGGAGCGAGACAUCAGUCUGUUUGACAAAAUUCCUGCGGACAGAACUUGUGCCGACGCUUUCAUUGAGCCUCACUGGUGCGCCUGUCUCACCUGGCAAGAAAUACCGGUCUCGAACAGCACCGUCGUCGAGGUAGCCUUGAGCUUUAUUAAGUUUUUGAACUCUUACACUCAAGAGCACAGAAACAUUUGCGAAAUUCUGAGAUUGAAUGAAAUAAUGUGGGCAGCUAAGCUCGUUCCUACCAAGGGGCUGCUUAAGUUUGAAAAGUCCAGCGACAAAGACGGGUUCAUCGGGGACUUUAGUGCCAAAACUCAUUUGACCAAUGAAAUUUAUCAGAUUAAAGUCAAACUAUCACCUGGGGGUGGAAUUUUUGAAGCCAGCAUUGAUCAUAAUAUUGAAAAAAAUAUUUUUAGCACUAAGAUAUCACAUGUUAGCAGGAUAAAUAAAUACGGAUCGCAGGCGAGAUGUGUUGAAAAUGAAUUUUUCCAUCUACGGAAAUAUUGUUACUGUAAAAAUUAAUCGUUCUAACCCUGGUUCAUUGUUUGUAUUUAUUGUGAUUAUUUAUAAAUUAGACUAUUUAGCAGUUAUUUGAUAACUUUAAUAAUAUUUUUGACAAAUAAAUUAUGGCAAAAAAAUUGACAUGUAGAAAUUUAAAAAAAUAAAAAAAGCAAUUUUUUAAAAAUAAUUUUUCGGAAAAAAUUUGUUUGUUAAAUAAAAUGAAAAAAUUGUCAAGUAACUGCUAACUUUAAUGUCAUAUUAGACUGAAUGCAUUUUCUGGAUACAAAAGUCAUUUGGAGUUUGUAUAAAAAGUUUUAGGAAUAAUUAGAAGACAAUACACGUACGUUUGGGUGCCAACCACACCAGUAUUAAUUUCAUUUGUAAAUAAUUUAUGAAUGAAAAAAUUUCACUGAAAUCUCAUCACUUUAUAUUAAUAUUUAAUAUAUUUAAUAUAUAUACUUAUUAAUUGUCAAAUAUUUAAAUGUAAAUUUUAUUGUAACAUAAUUUAAAAGCGUGAGCUGUUACCAAAUUUCUACUCUGUAAUGCACAUUUUUUUAAAUAAUGUAAAAAUUUAUUAUAAAAGCAA